UUAUGCUCAAUACUGAAUCAGCGACGCUGUUGGAAACAAUUGUUGUUCCUUUAGGGAAAAGUAAACCAAGCCGUGUGAGGCGUUGAUUUCAAAUUUUGUAAUCGUACUUAUUCUCAGUGCUUCUAUCACACUUAUCCCGCAUAUUUUUUGGUUGAUUUUGUCUGCAGUUUGUGUGUGUAUUCAUUUUUCAACAUGAGUAUUCCGGAUGUGGUUGAUAUCAUAAAGAAUGUUGACAAAGAACUUGUUGAUCGUGAAAGUGUUAUGGAACGACCUGGUGAUGUCGGCGAUGCGCUGGGGACGCGCAAAGCGCACGAACCGUUCGAUCCACGGCUUUGUGCACGAAUGCCCGUUGACCGUUAUGCUGCCGACUACAAUAUGAAACAUAAACGUCGUGGGCUGGCUUUGAUUUUCAAUCAUGAAAACUUCGAUGUGCCGCAGCUGAAGAUGCGAGCAGGAACAAACGUAGACUGCGAAAAUCUGACUGCAACAUUAAAGGGAUUAGACUUCGACGUGCACGUAUACAAGGACCUAAAGCUUCGCGACCUACAGAAGGAAAUCGAGCGAGCCUCCCAGAUGGACCACAGCGAUGCGGACUGCAUUCUCAUAACAAUUUUGUCCCACGGGGAGCUGGGCUACCUGUAUGCCAAGGAUUGCCAGUACAAACUUGAUGUCAUAUGGUCUUAUUUCACGGCAAACCACUGUCCGUCUUUGGCCGGGAAGCCCAAGCUGUUCUUCAUACAGGCGUGCCAGGGCGACCAGCUUGACGGGGGUAUGCUGUUGUCUCCCAAGGAUCGAACAGAAACGGAUAGCUCCUCGUCCAUGACAUUCAAGAUACCGACGCAUGCGGAUUUCCUUAUCGCGUACUCGACUAUUCCGGGCUUCUACUCGUGGCGCAACACCCAGAAGGGCUCUUGGUUCAUGCAAUCGCUUUGCCAAGAACUCAAUUCGCAUGGCCGAAAGUACGAUAUCCUCACACUAUUGACGUUUGUCGCCCAACGUGUCGCAUACGAUUUCGAAUCAAACACGCCGGAUAUCCCGAUGAUGCACCAGCAAAAACAGAUACCGUGCAUCACGACCAUGUUGACCCGUUUGCUACGAUUCGAGGAGAAAAAAGCAUUUUGAUAAGAACUGAUCCGGAGAGACUUCACUUGCUGAUCAUCAGUCAAGGAUGGUUAAGAUAUCCAAGGCCACAGUUAUUGAUUUACGUACAUUUAAGUUUACACGCGGAAAAAGUAAAUCUAAUUUUUAGGGUCACUCAUACAUAAAUUUUUUUAAUCGUAAA